AUGGAAUUUAUGAUCGAUUUACAUUCGAAGCUGGACGGCCAUCAAGUAGCGUCUUUCCUCGCAUGUAUCGGGUAAAAAGUCCUCGAUAUCCACCCUGGUUUACCCUCUGUCUGCAAGAAAAAGAAAGUUAGGAUGGAUAAAGUCUUACAAAUGUGGAAUAAUUACUGCCAGGCAGGACGAACACAAUUUUCGAGCGCUAAACAAAUUUCAGUCUUAAUAGAGCAAGACUGUCGUUGAUCAAAACAGAUCAAACUGAACAAGGAGAAGUUUGCAAAGCAAAAGUGCCAUUCAUUGAACAUGUGAUGAUGAAGAAUGGAAUUAAGGCAGAUCAAAGGAAAUCGGACGCAACAAUCAAGAUGGAGCGACCAACAGAUGUAUCAGCAGUGCAGAGAUUGUUAGUGCUAGUGAAAUAACUUUUUAAAUUCCUACAAAACCUUUUAGGAAUGUGAGAGCCACUACGCCGCCUGACUCACAAGAAUGCGAGUGGAUCUUGACUCACGAGCAGAAGAAUGCCUUCGAAGAGAUCAAAGACGCUGUUUCCAAAGCACCAGUACUCAAGUACUUCAGCGAGAUUGAUAUAACAGAGAACCUAGGAGAUGCAUCCAAGGACGCGCUUGGCUUUGUUUAGAUGCAGCAUGGUAAACCAGUGACAUCUAUGGAUCGUUUUCAGUCACGUGAUCGCAUUUUAAUUAGCCGCCAUAUUGGUACACAUCACUUGCCUGUAAACAUAUGACCAGAAGUUGUGUUUAUGAUAAAAAAUGGUUGUAUGCGCGAUUUUUAGCUGUGGGAGCCGAAGUGGUCGUGAUAAAGGAAUUAAUAUGGCAAGAAUACCUUCAAUCAUUACUAGUCGACUACAAGAAGUACGGAGACUUUCCACGACCAGGUCUGUGGUAAACAUUUUAUCUCCGGAAAAGCGGCUAAACUGUGGGAUCGUUACGAUCCAGAUUUGCUUCCGACCCAAAAUCUAGGUCAUCAGAAAAUGUGGUUCUGUCGAAAAGCUUCAAGCCAACCUUGA